UGCACGACUCCGGAUCGUCUUCCUCCGUGGAUGCUUCUCGUUCAUCGGCCAUGGAGUCGAGAAGAGCGACCAAGCCGCCUUCAAUCACUGGCAGGAAGUCAGCACCCAGUCCACCAACCCAGUAAUCAAGCCCAUCGCCACCCAUAUGGUCGGGUGGAUGCAUUACCUCGGCCGGGGCACCCUAAUGGACCAACGAAAGGGCAUUCAAAUUAUUCGAGACAACGAAACCCGCAACCGCUUCCGACUGGGAGAAGAUGUUUGCCUAUGUGCCAGACAGGCCAAUAGAUCCGCAACAGCAGCCUCUGUACGGUUCUUUGGAUUGUGUCGACUCGGAUCCAGGUCUGACUGGCUCUGUCGACACCUCAUGGCUGUGUGUCUGUAUCAAGCUUUUGGGACUCCACGCUCGAUGAAUACUGCAAGGUACAUCUUUGGCACACUGGCUCGAGAUGGCCACUCUGACAGCCAGGUCUGGUUCUGGUCUACCAAGGGUUUCUACUCAAACAUCAACCUCCACCUCCAUCAUCUGCAAGCCUCUGCAGCCCAAGGAAAUCAGUUUGCCCAGCUGCUCCUGGGUGAAUAUCAGUCUUCGAAUGAUCGUGGUGCUGCCUUUGGUUGGUUCACUGCAUCAGCUCUGCAGGGAAAUCGACGUGCUCAGUACCAUCUUGGUCGCAUGUACCAGGGUGGGUUGGGUGUACCCCGGGAUAUCAACAUGGCUGUCGAAUGGUAUCAACUGUCGGCAACUCAGAAUUGUAGCCUCGCUCAGUACGAACUCGGAAUCUGCUUCCUCAAAGGUCUGGGCGUCGCUCGAAACCGAAGCACUGCCAAUGAACUGCUUCAUGCUGCCGCCAAGCAGGGGGAUACGGAGGCCAUGGCUGAACUCAGAAAAAUUGGUGGUAUACGAGGCCACACACCAGAGCCCAUUUUCUGAAUGAAGUAUGCAGUGAAUUUCAUCUCUGUGGUGCUCGUGGUUGGAGUCAAUCAAAUGUAUUCAUGACUGUGCAAACAAAACAAUACAUCCACCCAUUCAACCACG